AGAAGACUUCCGUGCGGUUUGUGACAAUAGGGAAGUGAUGCUGGCUUAUUAUACACACCAUGGGCAAACCGAGCCACCUGUUACUUUCAUCCCUUCACCUUCAAGCUCAUCAUCAUCAUUGUUACACUUCUUUCAGUACUUGAUCCAACUUGACAACAGAACUCGUCUUUUAAAUCUCUCAUGUGAACAAUGUCCUUCCGCCUGAUGUGUGUGACACUGCUGGGCCUGUGGUGUUGCCUCUCCAUGUCGACAGCUAGCGUUUAUUACCCAAAAACUCUGCCAUGUGAUGUGAUCGAGACCAACAACGGCAGCGUGGUGACGGUCGACUGCACCGAGAGAAGCCUCAAAGAUGUCCCCGCUGGCAUCCCCAGAGACACAACCAAUCUGACGCUCACCAUCAACCAUAUUCCUAAAUUAAACUCCACCUCCUUUCACGGUCUGGAGAACCUGACUGAGAUUGACAUGAGGUGCAACUGUGUGCCCAUCAAAGUCGGGCCCAAGGACAACAUGUGCACCAAGAGUGUGAUAAUAGAGGAAAACACCUUUACCAGCCUGAGGAACCUGCGAGCACUGUAUCUAGAUGGCAAUCAGCUCCACAGUAUACCUAAAGGCCUCCCUCCAAACCUCAUCCUGCUGAGUCUGGAAGUGAAUCACAUCUUUUAUAUUUCUAAAGCAAAGAUGGCUGAGAUUAGAAAUAUCCAGAUGCUUUACCUCAGUCAAAACUGUUAUUACCGUAACCCAUGUAACGUUUCCUAUGAAAUAGAGGAAGGUGCAUUUUUACAGCUUAACAAUUUAACAUUGCUGUGUCUUAAGUCAAACAACUUAUCCUUUAUUCCAAAUCAACUGCCCACAAGUCUGAAGGAGUUGUACCUCUACAACAACAACAUUCAAAAGGUCACCGAUGAGGAUUUCAAAAACUUAACUAACCUUGAGAUUCUAGAUAUCAGCGGAAACUGUCCUCGGUGUUACAACGCUCCUUUCCCGUGCGACCCGUGCCCAGAUAAUUCACCCCUUGACAUCAGCAACACGGCUUUUAAAAUGUUGACAAAACUAAAGACGCUGCGCCUGCACAGUAACUCUCUGACGAGCGUGCCGUUUGAGUGGUUUUCCAGCACGACAGAGCUGAGAGUGCUCGAUCUCUCGUCAAACUUUUUAGCGAGAGCGAUAGGAGACACGCAAUUCCCACAUUUCCUGGGAAAACUGGAAGAACUGGACCUUUCAUUUAACUAUGAGCUUCAGAGGUACCCUGAAACACUGAGGCUGAGCUGCAGUUUCUCCUCCCUCAAAUCCCUUCGGAUUCUCAGGCUGAAGGGCUUUGUGUUUCAGCAGCUAAAGCCGGAGAGCAUUGCUCCCAUCAAAAAUCUCACAAACCUGGAGGUUUUAGAUCUGGGUACAAACUUUAUUAAAAUGACUAACCUCAGUAUUCUGAUGGAAUUAAAAAGCUUCAAAAUAAUCAGUCUGUCUGACAACAAAAUAUCUUCCCCCUCUGACGGCCAAGGUGGCGUCGGUUACUCGGGGGGAGAGCCAUUGUACUGGUCUCCCAUGUCGUCUGCAGCUCAGUACCAAAGUGACGAAGUGAGAGAGAUUCAUUACUUCAGAUAUGAUGAAUAUGCUCGCAGCUGCAAAUACAAAGAUAAGGAACUUGGAACGGUCACAUCCUUUGUGAACAAGAAUUGCAGUCAGUUCGGCAAAACUCUAGAUGUGAGCAGGAACAACAUUUUCUUCUUGCAUGCAAGAUUUCUAAAUCUCGGAGAGCUGAGAUGCCUCAAUCUGUCGGGAAAUGCAAUGAGCCAAAGUCUGAAUGGCUCUGAAUUUACCUAUCUGACUAAUUUACAAUAUCUAGACUUCUCCUCAAAUCGCCUUGACCUGCUCUACUCCACCGCAUUUCAAGAGCUGAAAAAUCUGGUCAUCUUAGAUAUAAGUUACAACAACCAUUACUUUGAGUCGGAGGGCUUGACUCACAUGCUUAAUUUUACCAUCAAUUUGAAAAAUCUCAAGGUAUUGCUCAUGAAUCACAACAAGAUCUCUACUUCUACUAACACAGAGCUGGAGAGUCAAUCUCUAGAGAGGUUAGAGUUCAUAGAUAACCGCUUAGAUAUGCUGUGGAGGGACGGGGACACCAGGUAUGUCAAUUAUUUCAAGAAAUUAAGUAAUCUGACUGUCCUCGACAUCUCCUAUAACAACCUCAACUUCAUUCCGCCGGAAGUGUUCAGCGGUCUGCCGGACAAACUGUCUGAGCUCUACAUCACAAACAACAAACUAAAAGACAAAUCCUUUGAUUGGGAGAAACUAAAACUUUUAAAUUCAUUGCAAGUCUUAGAUCUCAGUGGAAACCACUUGAAUACUGUCCCCCCCAUGCUGUCAUUCUGUACCAAGUCUCUCACGAAGCUCCUUCUAAAUCACAACUACAUCCUGAGACUCACGCCGGAUUUCCUCAAGGACGCCUCCAAAUUGAAAUAUCUGGAUCUCAGUUCUAAUCAAAUACAGCACAUUGAAAAAUCGAGCUUUCCAGACGAUGUCGUUAAUCAGAUGGACAUGCUGCUUCUGCACGAUAACAAAUUCCUCUGCAGUUGCAACGCCACUUGGUUUGUCACAUGGCUCAACGCGACCCGGGUGUACAUCCCCAGACUGGGCACGGAUGUUACUUGUGUUAACCCGGGGGCACAAAGAGGUCAUCCUGUGAUCUCAGUGGACCUGCUAGCCUGCCAGCACCACUACCUGUCAAUCAUCCUCUACACCCUCAUGACUUCCCUCGUCCUCAGCUUCCUCACCCUGUCAAUCUCCAGCCAUCUCUUCCUGUGGGACGUCUGGUACAUCUACCACUUCUGCCGGGCGAAGCUCAAAGGUUAUGGCCGCCUGUACUCCCAAAGCUCUGCCUAUGACGCCUUUGUGAUAUAUGACAAGGAGGAUGCGGCGGUGUCAGAGUGGGUGAUGAAGGAAAUGUGCGCUCAUCUGGAGGAACACGGAGACCGCCGCCUGACGCUGUGUCUGGAGGAGCGGGAUUGGCUACCCGGAUGCCCCCUGAUCGACAACCUCUCUCAGAGCAUCCACAACAGCAAGAGGACCGUGUUCGUUCUCACCAACAGAUAUAUCAAAAGCGGCAACUUCACGACAGCUUUCUACAUGGCCCACCAAAGACUAAUGGAUGAGAAGAACGAUGUUAUCGUACUGAUCCUCUUGGAGAAAGUACCUUGCAAUUCAAAGUACCUGAGAUUAAGGAAGAGACUGUAUAAGCGCUCUGUGUUGGAGUGGCCGACUAACCCUCAAGCCCAGUUGUACUUCUGGUUCAGCCUGAGAAGCGUUUUAGCCACUGAAAGUCACAAACAGUACAACAAUCUCUUCAAAGAGACACUGUAAAAAAACUCAUACUUAGUU